AUUAAGUUUAUAAAUCAAAGCUGCCAGACUAUUGAUUCGUGGUUUAGGGUUUAGGUACUGUUACGUAUCAGUCACUUCUCAUGUAACCUGAAAUCGAACCGUUUUGUCUGUGCGUACACUGAAAGUGCCAUUGCAGACGCGUGACGUAUAUUUUAAUUGCCCAAUUUACGGGAUAUGCCGUGAUUCGCUAAGUGAUAAAUAUCAAUUAAAAUCGUGUUGAAAACGUGACUUAAAAUUCAAAUGGUUUUCCCGUAACUUUUCGUCACAUUUAAGGUAAACGCUGAAAGUAAACAGUGGUAGAUAAACGAGCGUCGCGCGUAGGCGGGGCCCUGACUGGCAGUCAGUUGGCGCCUGCGCGUUGGCCCAGCACGGUGGAACGCCAGCGCGACCGGUUGACCCACUCCGGCUCAGUCCCUCGUCAUCUGUUCAACGUUUGGCCGUGGCCAUGAACAGCCGGCAACUCCGACGACUGGCUACCGCCGCCAGGCCCCUAAAACCUUCCCCGUGUCUUCGCGUCCAAAAUUACAGUCAAAAAUGGCGGAACUCGGCGCCGACGUUCUAUGCCGUUCAAACCAUCGAUAUGAGACCUUACUCGUUCGUGCACAACGUUGAUCCCGUCUUGGUUCGCGAAGGUUCUCACAGAAAUGCCGACGACGUCCUAUUUGAUAUGUUCAAGAAUGAAGACACGGGACUUAUGCCAGUUGGAAAGUUUUUGGCCGCCUUGAGAACCACCGGAAUAAGAAAGAACGAUUCUCGCGUGAAAGAAGUAAUGCACAAUCUAUACAAAGUACAUAAAGAACAAAAUUUCGAAGGAGGCUCCCCAGAAACGCUGAAGCUAGAUAGAAAAACAUUUAAAGAAGUGAUUGCUCCCAACAUUGUUUUGAUUACGAGGGCAUUCCGCAGUCAGUUUGUCAUUCCUGACUUCCAAGACUUCAUAAAGGAUAUUGAGGAGAUGUACUGGGCUGCAAAGAGCAACACCGAUGGAAAAGUGGCCAGUUACAUACCGCAGCUGGCUCGGGCCAACCCAGACUGUUGGGGAGUCAGCGUCUGCACAAUAGACGGCCAAAGAUUCUCUAUUGGUGACGUGACUGUCCCAUUCACACUACAGUCCACGAGUAAGCCCCUGACUUACGCAAUGGCGCUCGAAACUCUGGGACCUGAUGUGGUGCACAAAUAUGUUGGCACGGAGCCCAGCGGACGGAACUUCAAUGAACUCGUCUUGGACUACAAUAUGAAACCGCACAACCCGAUGAUCAACGCCGGUGCAAUUUUAGUAUGCUCAUUACUGAAAACCUUGGACAAGCCCGAAAUGACUCUCGCUGAAAAGUUCGACUACGUCAUGUCAUUCUUUAGUCGCCUUGCGGGGAACGAGGUGUUGGGUUUCAAUAAUGCAGUAUUUCUGUCCGAGAGAGAAGCCGCUGACAGAAACUAUGCGCUGGGAUUUUACAUGCGCGAGCAUAAAUGCUAUCCGGAAAAGACAAAUCUUCGGGAAUGCAUGGAUUUCUAUUUCCAGUGUUGUUCCAUGGAGGCAAACUGUGAUAUAAUGUCGAUAAUGGCAGCAACGCUAGCAAAUGGAGGAAUAUGCCCAAUCACGGACGAGAAAGUUCUUCGCCCAGACUCUGUCCGUAACGUGUUGUCCUUGAUGCACAGCUGCGGAAUGUACGACUACUCGGGACAGUUCGCCUUCAAAGUGGGAUUGCCUGCAAAAUCUGGAGUGUCGGGAGCUAUGCUUAUUGUUGUCCCCAAUGUAAUGGGCAUCUGCACUUGGUCCCCGCCCUUGGAUCCUCUAGGAAACAGCUGCAGGGGUCUUCAGUUCUGUGACGCCCUAAUAGAGCGAUUCAAUUUCCAUAAAUACGACAAUAUCCGCUACGCGAGUCAUAAAAAGGAUCCAAGACGGUACAAGUUUGAAACCACCGGUCUCAGUAUUGUGAAUCUGUUAUUCUCAGCGGCAAGUGGAGACCUUAGUGCUCUAAGAAGGUAA